AUGUGUUUGAUUAUGGAAGACGAUGACGACGGUGUUGUUUUAGUUUCUCCGUCGAAUUUCUCAAUGGUUGAAGACGGAAUUUACCGAUCUGGGUUUCCUCAGCCCGAGAAUUUCGGUUUCCUCAAAACCCUAAAUCUUCGUUCAAUCAUUUAUCUGUGUCCUGAACCAUACCCCGAGGAGAAUCUCAAGUUUCUUGAGGCCAACAACAUUAAGCUUUUCCAAUUUGGAAUCGAAGGCAAAACGGAUCCUCCAACUCCAAUGCCAAAAGAUACAGUUUUGGAUGCUCUCAAAGUUUUAGUUGAUGUAAGGAACCAUCCAAUUCUCAUUCAUUGCAAACGCGGAAAGCAUAGGACAGGUUGUUUAGUGGGAUGCUUAAGAAAAGUUCAGAGCUGGUGUUUAUCAUCGGUGCUCGAGGAAUACCAGAAGAACGCGGGUCUGAAGUGGAGACAAAGGGACUUGAAAUUUAUAGAGACAUUUGAUAUAGUGAGCUUGAGGCAGUGUCUCUUAAGCAUUAUGUAUCGGUAUCACGGUUAUGGUUUCAAGAGGAGAAGGUUACUGAAUGAAGAAGAAAAUGUUCAGAAACUGAAACCGCAGGCUGCUAAAGUUUGA